AUGAUUGAACAACUUGAAAAGGAUGCCAAAAAUGGUUGUACAAUAGUAGGCACACCUGGCAUAGGCAAAACUUUCUUUGGUCUAUAUUUUCUUUUCUAUAUUACCCACCAUUACCCUGAUUCUAAAAUUAUUUGGGAAACUAUUGACAGUGUGUGGUAUGUGUUUUUUCCAGAAUUACAUGAUGAUUUUAAUGGCAGAAUAAUUCAUAUCCAUCCAUUAAAAACAAAUUUUAAAGAAAAGAUUUUGAAGCUUGCUUCUGACAAAAUAGCUAAAGAGCUAUAUCACAAACAUGCAUUUAACAGCCAGAUAGAAAUUAUUCAUCUAAUUGAAGCUGGUGCCUUUUUUUCAGAUGCUAGUUUAAUACAUGGCAAGUGGUUUGAAGAAUUGGCCCAUGAACAAUUACAAAAAGGUGGUCAGUUUUUUGUGCAAUGCUUAGAGGAUGAAUCAAAGUCCUUAAAGACAAUGCUUUUGACAUUAAAUGUUGAUGAAUUAAAGGCAGAAUUAAAUGGUCUUAAAUUGUCAAAGAAUGGUAAAAAAGAAGAUUUGAUAAAAUCAGAAUUUUACAAUAGACCACAUAAAAAGAAACAGGAAUCGGUGGAUUCUCUGGUGCCUCAUGAACAUGAACCUGAUCAUAUAUAUCAGAUAACAGUGGGAAAGAACCACCCAAUUAAGGUGAAUGGUUUUAAAGAGUUACAUGAAUAUCUCCAUACAUAUCAUAAGAUUUAUUUGUAUUUUGUUGUUCCAAAGGAUAAAUUUGAAGACUUUUCUUAUCAAAAAUAUGUGACAACCACCGAAGAGAGUUUAAAGGGUGGAAUAAAUCAAAUGAUUGGAUUUUGA